CAGUUUGCUUCUCGGUUAUCCAUGCGGACAUUACAAGGGGUCUCAGCAUGGCUUUCGCUGGCGGCUAAUGUUUUUCUUUAGAUUAUUUUCAAACAGGACGGGUGUGUCACAUACCACCCUGUUAAAUCCUGAUUGGGUGCGGGAAAUCCUUAACUUAUUUUACCAUUAAAAAUAAACUGCAUUAGACUGAGGAAAAAGCCGAGAUCUCCGGGGAAAAGUCAAACUGCGCAGUUGUCUCUGCAGCCGAAGCGCCUCGUUAGCGACACCGGUAGGACUGAGAUACUCUCCCGACUCUCGGCUGCCUGUACCUCCCCCGCCAGGAGGGCCCCCGUCACAAGACCCGGUCACUGGGCCGGAUCACAUGACAGCCCGGAUCCUGACUCGCUUCCCAGCCUGCCUUUUCGCAGGCUUGUUAUUGCUGGAGUAAGAUGGCGGCGGAGAGGGAUCCUCCACCGGCGGGGAGCGUAGGGCAUGCCGACCUUAGGGAGGUGGAGGACGGCGAGGACCUCUUUGUCAGCACGGCAUCGACGCUGGAGUCCAGCCCCUCUUCUCCUGAACCGGCUAGCCUCCCUGUCGAAGAUGUUGGCCCAAGCUCCAACGGACCCAAACCUGCGGAGAUUCUUCUCGACGAUGACCAAGAGGACCUCUUUGCUGAGGCCACAGAGGAAGUGUCCCUGGACAGUCCGGAGAGGGAGCCCAUCCUUUCUGAUGGCCCAUCUCCCGCCAUCACUCCUGUGACCCCGACAGCUCUGAUCGCACCUCGGGCCGAGCCCAAUGUCAUCAUGGUCUCUGGCAUGUUCGAGCAAUCCCUCGAUGAGCUGGAGGAGGAGGCUGCGGGGGACUCCUUCGACAUUCAGAUCUCGGUCUCUGAUCCAGAGAAAGUCGGAGAUGGUAUGAAUGCUUAUAUGGCCUACAAAGUGACCACGAAGACGUCCCUGACGGUUUUCAGCAGAAACGACUUCUCCGUGAAGAGGCGCUUCAGCGACUUCCUUGGCUUACACAGCAAACUGGCCUCCAAGUACAUGCAUAUUGGCUACAUUGUGCCACCCGCGCCAGAGAAAAGCAUUGUGGGCAUGACAAAAGUCAAAGUGGGAAAGGAGGACUUGUCAUCCACGGAAUUCGUGGAGAAGCGAAGAUCUGCUUUGGAAAGGUAUCUGAUGCGGACGGUGAAGCACCCAGUUCUGCUGCAGGAUCCAGACGUCCUUCAGUUUCUGGAGAGCUCUGAGCUGCCGCGUGCAGUUAGCACCCAGGCGCUGAGUGGGGCCGGGAUAUUGAGAAUGGUAAACAGGGCGGCCGACGCUGUCAACAGGAUGACGAUCAAGAUGAAUGAGGCAGACGUGUGGUUUGAGGAGAAGCAGCAGCAGUUUGAGAACCUGGACCAGCAGCUCAGGAAGCUCCAUGGCAGUGUGGAGGCUCUGGUCUGCCACAGGAAAGAACUCUCUGUCAACACAGCAUCCUUUGCUAGAAGCGCCGCCAUGCUGGGGAACUCUGAGGACCAUACGGCGCUGUCCCGGGCGCUGUCCCAGCUCGCCGAGGUGGAGGAGAAGAUCGACCAGCUUCACCAGGAGCAGGCCUACGCUGACUUCUACCUGUUCUCCGAGCUACUGGGGGACUACGUGCGGCUCAUUACUGCCGUAAAGGCCGUGUUCGAGAAUCGCAUGAAGACCUGGUCCAAGUGGCAGGAUGCGCAGCUCAUGUUGCAGAAGAAGCGGGAGGCUGAGUCCAAGCUGCAGUUCACCAACAAGCCGGACAAGUUGCAACAGGCCAAGGAUGAGAUCAAGGAGGAGAUCGAGGAGUGGGAGGCCAAGGUGCAGCAGGGGGAGCGGGACUUUGAGCAGAUCUCGAAAACCAUCCGCAAGGAGGUGGGCAGGUUUGAGAAGCAGAGAGUGAACGAUUUCAAGGUGGCCAUCAUCAAGUACCUGGAGUCACUAGUGCAGACCCAGCAGCAGCUGAUAAAAUACUGGGAGGCUUUCUUACCGGAAGCCAAGGCUAUCGCGUGAGCAGACUGUCAGCCGGCCGUGCUGACGGCACUGGUGAAUGAUCGCACUUCUGUUUACAUCAUAACCUCACGUUAAAGAUGAUGCACGGAUGAAGCAAAUCGAAAUCCUCCCAAAUAAAACCACUAUAUAUAAAUAUAUAAAUAUAUUUUUAAAUAGUUUGUUUCGAGGGUGCUGGUCCUCGCCUGAUUCGGAUCGGGGUUUGAAGCCUGCAGAGCUCGUCGAAUGGCUGACGUCUGGUCUCCUGUUUUGAUUUAAUUUUUGAUUUUUGAUGUUUUUUUUAAUUUCAGCACUUCGUGCAUUUUUUUUAGUCGAUUUUGUUUGUUUGUUUGUUUAAUAAAGUCUUGUCUGAAGUACUUAUCAGAAA